GCCAGGAUUGCCACUUGCUCCUCGACGUGCACCAUGGCAUCCCGCAUUGCGCGUUCUUCCCUCUCCGGCACACGCCGGUAUCUCAGCACCACCGCUAGGCUACGCGCUGAUUCGCCCACCCGCGCCCCGCGCUCGAUCGAGGAUUCCACCUCUGCGUUGGAUUACAAGUCGCAUAUGCACCACCGGCGUCCGCCGCCCUUGCCUGCUAUGGAUCAUCCUAGACAGAGAACAGCGGAGGAGGCGGUCACGAAUAUUUUGUAUAACACUCCGCCGCCGAGCACGGAGCCGUUCAAGAAGCACAUUCUGGAAUGUCUAGUACAAAACGAGCCUGGUGUCCUCUCCCGGGUUAGUGGUAUCCUAGCGGGCAGAGGGUUCAACAUCCAUUCACUCGUUGUGUGCCAAACCGAGAUCCGCGACCUUUCACGCAUGUGCAUCGUCCUCAGCGGACAGGACAUGGUGAUUGAGCAAGCGCGUCGUCAGCUAGAAGAUCUAGUCCCGGUCUGGGCAGUGCUGAAUUACACCGAUACGAAGAAAAUUGAGCGCGAGCUGCUCCUUGCCAAAGUCUCCAUCCUCGGCCCAGAAUACGUCGAGGACCAACUUCUCGGCGGCCCCUCACACGAAGCACGCCGCUCUCUGCCCGCGGCAGAGGUGAACGCUUCCGAACAACACCAGAUCGCGCAGGAAGAUGGGAGCAAGCCCCUGCUCGCCAAGGAGGCCAGUAUGGCGCGCGCAUUCGAGGCGUCUGGGAAGAGCGCUCAUCGCCCUUCUUCGGCGAGCGACGACCCCGGCCUUCCGCCGGCCCUGACGCCUUCUCAGUUAUUGGCAUUAAAGCACACUCAUAUGGCUGCUAUCCAGGCCCUCUCCUCCCAGUUUGGGGGCAAAAUUGUAGAUGUCAGCGAAAACAGUGUCAUUGUAGAGAUGACGGGCAAAGCCAGCAGGGUGGACGCCUUCCUCGCGCUGAUCAAGCCGUUCGGGGUGCUGGAAAGCACAAGGACGGGAGUGAUGGUCAUGCCCCGCACGCCGAUUGCGGCAUUGAUGGAUGAUGAUGAGGCUGCGGAUGUACAAGGGGUUGAUGCGAGCAUGCUCCCCCCUGGCUAAGAAAACUACUUUGUUGGCUUGGAUAAUGCAUGGAUCUGGG